AUGGUUGCGGCGGUCGACUACUGUUCUGCUCUUCUCUUCUCCAUGGCGGCGGACAAGGCGGUUACCCGAUCGCCGGAGCGAUCCAGGACGACACGCAGCGGCGACGACGUGGAGCACGAGGAAGAUAGGGAAGCCAAGAAGAUGAAGACAAAUCUGGCGACGGAGGAAGCCGCCGCCGACGAUCGCGUGGAGAAGCUGCUGCCCACGCGCCAUUACUUCGAAAAGCCGCUCCUCGCCAUGCCGGACUCCGCGAAGAAGGCAGUCCUCUCCGCCGCCAGAUCCCUCAUCGGCCUCUCCUCCUUUCGCGGUGGCGAGCCGCUGGCACGGUCCGCUGGUGUCUGGAUCAAUUGGGAUGAGGGGAGCCGAAAGGGCGUCGUGUUGACGACCGCACAUCUGAUCCGUGCCAAAAAGCCAUUGGUCAAAAGCCACCGGCGGUGCAAAGACCAGUACCUGUAUCAUCGCGACGCUCAAGUUAUUGUUCACUUGCUCGAUGAAACCACUGCGGAGGGCCGCCUGCUCUAUCACCAGGAGCAUUACGACAUUGCUUUCUUUAUGGUUGCAAUGGAUCAACGUGUUCAACUAGCCUCUUUUGCUGACACAGUCAACAAUGGUCAAGUGACUUUGUUGCUUGCAAGAGAAGAAAAUUUGGAUCUAAAGAUAACCCAUGGCAAAGUGAAACGGAAAGCAGGACACCACUUCCUGUACUUUUCCCAAGAUAACGAAUAUGAGGACGACGGUUGCGGAGGGCCAGUUAUUGACUUUGAUGGAAAGGUUGUGGGGAUGUUCAACGGUUGUAGAAGAGGGCCUUUUGUUCCUUCUUCUGUUUUGAAUGGGUGCAUGGAUUUGUGGAGGAAUUUUGGGUGCAUCCUUCGGCCCCACCUUGGGUUGCAAUUUGAGGCCAUCAAGUUUCUAGAUCCCACUCGUGGUGAGUACAUAUGGCGGAAGUUAAACAUUGAUGACGGUCUUGUUGUUGAAGAGAUGUCAGCAGGAUCCCAUGCUGAGAAAAUUGGAAUCCGAGUAGGUGAUAUUAUUGAUUGCAUUAAUGGAGAACGCAUCUCUACGACACUUGAGUUGGAAAACAAGUUGUUGAGCAUAUGCAUGUGCAAUUUUAAUAGAGGAAAUCUCGAAGUUGAUGUUUCAAUCCGGGUAUUUCACACAGCCAAACGUCUCCGGAGGACAAUAAAUUUAACUGUAAAUGUAUCUGAUCGUAAAGAAGUUAUUGAACAAGCUUAUUAUCCUGUCACUAAUGGAGAAGGGUUUUCUGCUGCGAUGUCACCUGAACAAGUUGACUCAGACUCGAACUCUGACUCGGAGUGACUAUGUUGCGUUUGCGCUGCUUCAUGUCUUCCAAGUGUAUUUUUGUACAAUGGAAGGAACUACAUCCAAAAGACGAAUACACAAUCAUUUUGUCAAAUACUAUAUUUCUUCAUCUUACAAAUGCCUAGUGUGAUUUGUGUUAUAAAUCCAACAACCUGAUAACAGAGGGAUUUAGGAUGGGGGAUAUGGUAGAAUAGAUGAACUCCAAUUGGAUUUAGAGUGUGAUUUGUGUGCCACCACCAAUCCAAUAUAUUCCUCCACUUGACAGCCUCAACUACCGAUGUCGCUUCCUUCAUAUUAUUGUGGAUCCUCAUCUGACGCAUCAAUCAUCCUGUAAUGCAAAACCUUGAAUAUGAGAAGGGGAAGGCAUA